GUACGCGCACCAGCAGCGGAUUGUUUACAACCUCAUCUGCACGAUUAGAAAAAGGCGCGAGGGGCAUUCCCUUAUCAUUCUCAAAUGGCGUUUGGCGGCACCGUGGAACUUUGCAUUUGGUUGUUGGAUUUUUCGUGACAUUGUUCAUGCUUUGCGCAAGAUCAAUGUGAAGAGAUCUUCCGAGGCCUAUAGUGUGAAGCAUUCAAGUGUAUGGUCAUUCAGUGGGGGCAGACAAGUGAACCACUCUGCUCAUGUUAGCUCUGUGAAUUGAUGUGAUUCAGUAUGGCAGAUGUUGCUAAACGACGGAGUAUCUUCAUCUGCAACAUUCCACCAGCUUCCUCGGUAGAAGCACUGGAGGGAUUUCUCCGACAAGAGUUGGAGUCAUGUGGACAGGACAGAGGUCAACUUGUGCAAAUUAUUUUUCCAGUGAGCUCCUCAAGUCCACAUCAGGCAUUGGCUACAUUUCAAGAUGAAAAGGCUAUGGUUGCCUUAAUGAGGAAGAGACUCCACUUUGAUGGAGAGCACUUGGUAACACAUCCCUUCCUGUCGCAUGUUUUCACCUCUGUGAUGGCCACCAUCAACCCAGAUAUCACAGAACUCUUUCCCUUCAACUCUCAAGGCUUCUGCAGACUCCUGGAGAAACGAUCAGGGGUGGAGUGCCGUAAAAUGGAGGCUGCAGACAGCUGUGGCUUGAGGCAUCCUUCUCAGACCCAGCUGUUGGACCAGCAGUAUGUGCUCGCAGGGAGUUGGUACCAGUUGCAGAACGCUCGUAAAUUCCUGCAAGAAUGGAUGGUUGACGAGACCAACAGGGCACAGUUAAAUGACAAAGCUCUGAGAAAAAACGACGAGAGAGCAGCAGAUGUCCCUUUGCCAUCAUUCAUCGGUGGAUCCAAGGAAAGCCCAGAGGAAGAAACUAGAAGCUCAUCUUGUGAACAUGGUGAUCACGAUAGGACAGGGCUUCAAGAAAAGUAUGCUUCUGGACCCAACAUGGAGGGCCUUGAUACAACGGAUGCAAGUGAAGGGUCUGAAGAUGAGAGAAAGCCCAAAUUAAGAGGAAGAAAGGUUGCAGCCUCAUUUGAAGAACUGUCGGAUCACAACAGUCCUGGAGCUGAUUGUGAAGGCAUUGAUUCAACAGAUCGUCACCACUCACCCCCGUCAAAUGAUGAGAUGCCACUAGACAAUUCUUCAUCCAGAGGUUCUCUACAUCACCAGGAGCCUCCUGAAUCCUCACACCCUACAUCUAAAACUACAGAGGAUGACAGAGACAGCUUCACCCUUCCACCAAAAGACCAAGGGAUUUCAUCAGACCCACUAGUGGAGGGCACUGCCAAAGGGAGUACGUCUUCUCUUGCAUCAGACAGAGAUUCUGGGAGACCAGAUGAUGACUGGAGAUCGUUGAUUACCCCCAACUCUUUUGGUCCAACAGCUGUUGCAUCUGUGUCCUCAGAGAGAAGUGAGGACAGGAUAACUGUGGGCUCCAGUCUAGAUUACCUGAAGCAUGUGAGGGUCCCACGAACACCGCUGGCCAGUCUAGAGUCAGAGCUCCAUGGCCAAGAAUCAUCUGAAACAGCUGCCCUCAGGAUUGGGAGUGCUGUCAGUAAAAAAGAUGAAGAAACCCUGUCACCCAGGGAUGACCUGCAUACAAACUCCACAGAGCAUCUUCAAUCAAGUUCUACGGUCACUGAAGAUAGAGUCAUGGAUGGUGAUGAUGAUGAAAUAGUGGAAGGUAUUGGAUCCCUGCCGGUCGAUCCAGGAGUCUUCAGUUACAUCUUGUUAAAGGAGAGUGACCCCAUCCGUGAUAUUGAGGAGAGGUUUGGUGUCAAGUUCUCAAUGCACGCAACCAGAGAAACCAAUGAUAGUGAUGCUGAAAGUGCCCUGCUGAAGAUAACACCCACCACAGAAACAACUGACAUGGCUCAAGCUCAUGACGGGUUUAUCAACUUCUACUCUGUUAUAUUCUCCACCCUUCACCACCGGGCCAUUACAACGACAGAUAAGGCAUUUGAUUCAGAAACCCUCAUGAAGACAGUUGACAUGAUCCAUAAAUUGUACGAAACCGUCUUAGUGACGGUGACUAAUCACAAAGUCCUCAUAUAUGGACCAAGUGAGGUUGAUGUUCGUCUGGCAAAAAUGUUGAUCCUUGACUCAUUGAAAGAAACACCAGUGGAUCCAUCAGGCCAACAAGGUCCUUCUGGAUUUAGAAGGCAUGAUAGAGAUUAUUCUUCUGCCAUGAGAAGCGCUGAUCUAGCAUGUGCUCAGCGAACUUCAGAAGUUAGCCCAGAUGAGAACAGCCCUGAAGGAGAUGGUCAGGGAGGGUAUUCUGUUGCCAGAAGGGAGCACAGUGGCUCAGAUAACAUUGAUGGCAUCCUUGAGACACAGACUCAAGCCCGUGAAAAUGAGCCAGAAUUUACUAUCAGGGAAGGGCUCAAUUUAAGCUCUUCCGAUCUUGAAGAAGACAGUUCCCCACAAAUGCCAGCAGUUGGAAAUGGACUCAAGCAGACGUAUCCCAGUGGGAGGCUCACUGGAGCCAGGGCACGGUUUGAAGAUGAUGCAGCAGAUUAUCAACAGGUUGGAGGCCCCAGAAUUCUGAAUCCAAGCACUGCUUCAGAAGCUGAGCCUGUGGUAUCACCUGAAAUGACUGACUCGAGAGCUGAAAGCACAAGGGCAGCUAGGGAGAUCACAAGGUCAGCUGGAGAGGUCACAGUAGAGCAAGACAGGAGGAGUUUUUCUCAAAAGGAAGAUAGUAUGGCAAAUGUUAUACCUGUUGAUCCAGGGGUGUUUGCAUUUAUUCAUGCACAAAAGCACACCAUUCUCUGCGACAUUGAGCAAAACUAUGGUGUUAAAUUCAAAGUGAAGGGGGACCCUGACAGUGACGUGUACAUGGUUGAAGUGGAAUCCGUGACAGCUGACUCAGAAACAGCUGCUCAGCAGGGUAGAGAGGCAUUUGCCAAUUUUUACCAGGAGGUGUUUGUAGGCUUGGAGCAUCGUGCCAUUAGCCUUGGAGACUUUGAGGCUUUAUCCACUGAUUGCCUGGCAGGAAUCAUUGAAGAGAUGGAGCAUUCUUUCAGUGACCUCUUGUUCAGGGUCGCAGACAAUAAGGUGCUGAUUUAUGGUCAGGGCUGGCAAAAUGUUGACUUGGCCAAAGACAUGAUGUGUAGGCGGCUGCGUGGCUGUCCGAUGUUGUCUCCAGAGGUGCAGCAGCAUGGUGAUGACACAGACCUUGAAAGCCUCAGUAGUGACAGCAUGGUGAACCGACUGUAUCACCUGAGAUACAGCUCAUUCGCUCCUGAAUCUCCAGAUGCUGACAAGAUGAGGGCACUGUUACACAAUGGAGAUACUCCAGUGGUGAAUGGGCCUGGUGAUACAGGUGGGAUGAUGCUGAACAGCCAAGAGCACCUGAGUAGAGAAAAUGGUCAGGGUCAUCUGCCCUCCCAACAUCCCUCCACUUCUGUUGUUGAACAGAAGUAUACAGAGCAAAAGGAGCAGCCCAUGAUACAGAACGAAUAUAGCAGGUUGUUAAAUGAUUCCAGUGAUUUCCAUUCCUUUAAUAGUAAGAAUGCAAACUCUCAUGAUAAAAAUGACACUCUCACCCAUUUGAGAAAUUCUGGAGAUCCAAACGGAACCCUUGGAAAUGUUACUUACAGGUUACAAGAUGGCCGUCUGAUAUUUAAGCUCUCCUCAGGCAUUCGUGUUCGGGUUUACUGUCACGACAUCACCAUGAUUCGAGUGGAUGCCAUUGUGAAUGCUGCAAACGAGACACUAUCGAAUUAUGCUGGUGUUGCUGGUGCCAUCCGCCGUGUUGCAGGGGAAGUCAUGCAAGCGGAUUGCAACAGUUACAUCGCCAAACAUGGCCUGCUGUACCCAGCCAAGGUCAUCCACACAGGUGCUGGGAACCUGCCCUGCAAGUUUGUGCUUCACGCUGUGGGGCCGAUGUGGGAAGACUACCCAAACAAACAGCAGUGCCGUCAGACCUUGAGAGCCACAGUCGUGAAGUGCUUGCGCACUGCAGAUGAGAAGCUUCAAGUGUCAACCUUAGCCAUGCCCUUCAUCAGCUCAGGAAUUUUUGGAGUGCCUUUUGAAUUUUGUGUUGAAGAGAUCUGCAAGGCUUUGCUUGAUGUGAACCGGAGACGAGUAGCUUCCCCUCAUUGUGUCUUACAAGAGGUGCACAUUGUGGACUUGGACAGUGUAACUAUCCAGCAGGCACAGGACAUCAUGAUCAAAAUGCUCAGUCAAGAAGCAAGUGCUGGCUCAGGUGUUGCUCAAGGAAUGAAAGAGGUUGGUGUAAGGGAGACUUUGUUGGAGUCUGGGGCCAGUGGAAGUGGAGGUUAUGAAAGGAAACGAGACAUUCCUGUGGGCAAUGAAGACGGGGCGACUAAGAGCCAAAGCAGCCGCAAGCAACGAGGAGCAUCAGCAAGGCUGUCAGAGUCACAGCAGGGGAGCAGCAGUUCCUCGGGCGAAGACGUUCAUGCACCUCAUAAAAACCUGAAGUAUGCCCAGAUGGAGGACUACAGCCUUCCUGCAAGCCGGCCAGCGAUAGUUCGAAGUGCUUCACUACCAUACCUACCCAGGGAUGAUGACGAUGAUGAUCCAAGAAGGACUCACUGGGCAUACAGAACAUCGGGCCCGAAUGCAUCUCAGGGUAGGGAACUGAAGAGUCAAGAGCGGUCAUCACAUGGGAGGAAGUCAGACCUACCUAGAGAGAGAGUACGAGAGAAGGCACUCAGAGCCAAAACUGCACCUGCCGUCUCACAUACUGAAACAAGACAGGAGAAGCAAGUCAUCGAGCUUCUUGAUGCCUUUUCCAAAGCCCCGCCCUCCCCUGAGCUCUCGAGAAAAACUGAGAGGGAGCUCAAUCGCCUGUUGUCAGAACAGGAGAGAGGAGCCAGGGAGAAGCAGCAGAGGCCCAUUCGACGCACCCAGAGUCUGGACAGGUCACGCCCACGCCAAAAAUGCUUUGUCUGUUCUUCCACAUGGAACCUGUUAAAGCGGAAAUCCUGCGAGCACUUCAUCUGUGAAGAUUGCAAGAGUGCACGGUUGGACGUCGGCAGAUGCAAAGAGUGUAGCAAAUCAAAGAUUGGAAAGGAAGCAGAGAAGAGGUGCGAUCACUGCCUCUGCUCCACCAAACACUUGCUUGUCAACUGCAAGGGUUGUGAAAAUGCCAUAUGCAUAAAAUGCGUGGCAAAAGGACUGGACACCUGUCAAAACUGUAUCGAACGUAUUCACUCUUCAGUUUCUGAGGGACAUGCAGAGAAAAAGCCACCCAAAGUCAGACGGCCAAUCACUGCAGCUCGAACCUCUUUGAUGGACACCAAAAAUGACUACCGCAUCAAGACAAGCAUCAAAGGUGCGGCUAGCACUCGGAGGAAGCCUAUGUUGGGGUUGAACCAGCCAGUGGACAUUGUCGCGUACAGUUAUUCAAACCCCGCUGGAAUGAACGGAUUGGCAGUAGCACACUCUUCCCAUUCCACGAACUCGGCAUUCACCAAGGAGUUUGUGGCUGAGGAGGCCCCUCACGAAGAAAUUCUCAGACGUCUCUCGCGAGAGCAAGAAGCGAGACAUCCGAUCUUUCCAAAAGACACAGUUAGCAGUCGAUCAUCAGUCACAGAGAGCUUGCUGACCAACCAUAGGCAGUCAAAGAAGCAUGCUAGUAAAACGGAUGAUCUUGAAGUUAUUGGCCAGAGCUCGGCUUCCAUCUCAAGGCAACAGGAACCAAUAUGUGUUAUCUGCAUGGACAAGAUCAAGGAUCCCAAAUCACUUCCAUGCAAACAUACAUUCUGUACCCCUUGCAUUGAAAAGCAAUUUCAGUUCAAGCCAAUCUGCCCGGUCUGUGGUGCAUGCUAUGGUCAGUUACGCGGUGACCAGCCAGAGGGCAGCAUGAACUGUAGGACAGUUUCCACAGAUCUGCCUGGAUACCCAGACUGUGGAACUAUCAUCGUCACUUACACGUUUCUGGAUGGAAUUCAAGACGAGCAACAUCCCAACCCAGGGCAAAGGUACCACGGCACUCAACGCCAGGCCUACCUGCCCAACAACAGACAUGGCCAGGAGGUCUUGACGCUCCUGAAGAGGGCUUUUGAUGCCCGUCUUCUGUUCACCGUCGGCCAGUCAGUCACCACGGGCUUGGCCAACAGGGUUGUGUGGAACGACAUACACCACAAGACUAGACAGACAGGUGGACCAGAGAGGCAUGGAUACCCGGAUCCUACGUACCUUCAGAGAGUGAGAGCAGAGCUUGAGGCAAAAGGCAUCAAGUAAAAGACAGAAACAUCAUCAAGACUUCAUGAGAAUAUCUCUCCUGUACAGAGCUUGUGAAUGGGACAGAAUACAAGAGCAGCUCAUAUGUUUCAUCAUAAUUUAACCUUGCUCAGAACAGACUUUGCACAUGUAAUGAAUCUCAAAUGUAAUCCAGAGGUACAUGUACAUGUAUGUGCUUGUACAAAAGCUUUAUGGUAAACAUGGAGUGGUUUCAACUUGGAAUUUGGAUCCCACUGGAAUUUUGCUGAAUAGCAGGAAACUAUUAUGACCCAAUUCAGUUUCUGGUGAAUUUUAAUAUUCAGUCAGUCCUUUUUUUGUGCUGUGUUGUGUUAGAUUUCGUGUGUCUUAGUUUUUGUGAUGGAUAUUUUGUCUUUAACUUGCCACUGGGGUGAAAAAAACCCCUUUUUUUUACAUUUUACUCUGCUGCAUAAUAUGUUCAUUUACAGCAUUGUGAUGCUGUCUUCACUGAGCUUGGAUAACUCAAUUACUUUGACGUUUUGAUCGCAGAAAGUUUAUUUGUGGUGAAAUCUUUUCUUAGUUUUCUUAUAUCACAUAGGAAUCAGUCAGCAAAAUUAACUUACAGACUACUUCAGUGGGUUACACUUUACAACACAGCUUUAAAUUUGAACAGGAAUUUUUAGAAUUUGCCGUAAUAUGCAUCCAAGCAACCGAACAUCACCCUUGGUAUCAUGAACUGUGUCUGUAUAAGAGACAAAAAGGCUGCUAAUGGUCAGUGCAGAAGAACAAAUUGAAACUUGAUCAAUUCCUAGAAUGUACAGUACAUGUAGAUUUGCGUUUCACUUCGCAUUCUUUUAUGUAUCAAAAAUCUGAUACACGUUUACGCAUGUUAUUUGUGAUGUGGAUUCUAUUAUUUUUCCACUUGCUGCCAAAUAGUUGUGCAUAUUGGUUGUAGACUGCAGUGUGGUUCAAUACCAGAUGGUUUUUUUCCCCAAAGAGUGCCUUACUGAAGACAGUUUGUGUAUGUUUGGAGGCUCUACUCUUCCUUUUUCUGCCAAAAGGGGACACGGGACAUUUGAUUGAAUUAGAUGGAAACAGGACUCUCAUGACUCUGAAGUCACAGCUUGACAUGUUCCAUAUUUAAUGACGAUGCUUCACCAGGUCAAAACAAUUUUGAAUCAUGGGGAAUUCAGAAUGAGCCCUCUGGCAAAAUUCCAUUAAAAAUAUCAUUGCACUCCUUCAUAGCUCCUCUUAAAUUAAUCUGAUAGCCUAUUUCUAAGAAACAAGGCAUAUGAUUAAAAAUAGAAGCAUUUCAAUUUAAAACAUUGAAAAAUUCAACAAGCAGAUGAAUCUGCUUUGUCCCCAUAAAAUCAGAUUUUUGUAUACGAUAGUUUACCAAGUAUACACCACAGCCACUUUAAAAAAAAACCC